UAACAGAUACAAGCAGUUCCAGCGCUUCAGUCUUACUCCAGAUUAAGAAACAGACAAAAAGCCAUUGACGCUCUUGCGAGCUGAGCUCGAUCACAUGGCUAUGACAAAUAAGGUAUAUCGAAUUGGCAUGAAACCUAUUUAAAAGACUGAUCAUGAAACACUCGGGCAGUUUCCACUGGCUCUUCCAUCUGAGCGGGACCGCCACAGAACUGAGACUUCUCUGCAUUUAUGAUCACAAAACUACCAAAGAGAUCUCUGAAGAACUUUUACUGAUGGCUCCCAGUUAUUCUAGCUACACUGACGUUCCUCGGUCCAUCUCCUUCUCUGGAUCUGGAUUUCUGGCCACCUACCAGUUAGGAGUCGCCCAGUGCUUCCUCACAUGCGCCCCAUGGAUGCUUCGCUCUGCCCCCUGUGUGCUGGGGGCGUCUGCUGGGUCUUUGGUAGCGGCCGCCGUGGUCUGCGAAAUCAACCUGAUCGCCAUCCGGGACGAGCUGAUCGGCUUUGCCAGGCAGCUGAAGGCCUUCCCACUGGGGCCGCUGAGUCCCUCCGUCAAUGUUUUCCACUGGCUGGAGCGCGUUCUGCACAAAUACCUCCCUCCCGACGCCGACCGGCUGUCCAGCGGCCGCCUCGCCGUGGCCGUGACCCGCAUGACCGACGGACAGCAGAUUGUCAUCUCCGAGUAUCACUCCAAAGAAGACGUCGUACAGGCUCUCCUGUGCAGCUGCUUUGUUCCUGGGUACUGCGGCUUUUAUCCCCCCACCUUUAAAGGAGUCCAUUACUUGGACGGUGGCUUCAGCGGCAUCCAGCCCACCAUGCCCCUGUCCUCCAACCGCACCCUGACCGUGUGCCCGUUCUCCGGGGAGGUGGACAUCUGCCCGGCGGACCCCCCCUGCCUGAUGGACCUGGUCGCCAUCGGGGUCACUCUCAAGGGCAACAUGGCCAACAGCAUCAGGAUCUUCAACGCUCUCUGCCCCCUGGGCGUAGAGACGGUAGAACAAGCCUUCCACAAUGGCUACAAUGAUGCCAUUCAGUUCCUCCGGUGUCAUGAUCUCGCCCCUUGUUUGCUUUCGCAAAAAAUGUUCAAAGAGCCACAGAGCUGCCACCAGACGACCACACUGACGCAUGAGGAGGUGACCAGAAACAACGAGGGUGUGUCCAAGGCGGAAAAGGACUCUGCAGUGGCGAAAUCGCUGAAUGAACGCAGAAUAACACGGAAGGACGUCACGUCUGAGCAGGACCGAACCGAGUACGAGCCGGUCAAAACAACUCCUCUGUUCUCUGAGGUGGUGAACAAUGCAAUGGUGGCUAACAUGGUGUCUUAUCUGAGCAAGUUCGGCCUCCCGGCGUGGCUCGUGACUUACUUCCUCCUUCCCUUCCUGCUUUUCUAUGGCGUCUUCCAGAACGGGAACAGACUGGAGAAUCUGUUCAGGCAGAUGCCUGACCUCCUCUUCUGGACUUGGCAUAACUUGAGACAUUGCACCUUUUUCUUUUCCAGGAUUGUGAUUUUUAGCAUCAGAGAGAACGUAAAGGACAGGAUUAUGCUGUUCGUCCUGCUGUUGCAGUGGAUAAACGUCCAGACCCGAGAUGACACUCCACGUCGAUUCCAGCGCUCAUCGCCUCACAAAGAGCUUCCUGCAAAGCCAGAAGACGUCCAGAAGAGGAAUGUACAGAAUCGGCUCAUCUCACCUCCACACCAUUACAAGACGACAGGUUUCCUGUCGAUGUUGAAAUCAAAUUAAGCAGAAAUAUAAAGCUUUUUUUUUUUUGCUUUUUUUUUUCUUGUACAGCCUUGAUUGUUUUGAGAGCUCGUGUCCUUUUUUAUCAACACUAAACUGAAAAACAAGAGGAUUUUAUUUGAUCAGCUGCUUCCUGGCAGUGCAUUGAUCACUAUUAAAGGUUGAUUGAUAAGUAUUUUUUUCCUUGGUGCCACAUCUGCAGGGAUCAUGCAGGCGUGAAAUGAGCAGCAUACCUGAGUAUAUCCAUGUUACACUGCAACUGUCCAACAGGAUUUACUGUAAAUAUGCAUUUUUACAACAAAAAAAUCUGUUUGUCCACAUUGCACCAGGUUUUUUUUAUUACUCUCGCUCAUCAUGUUGUUUCAGCAGCAUGGAUUGAUUCACAGUUCCAGUAGUAGAGGGUUUUUUUUAUUUUCUUUUGACAUUUCACUGACAUUAAACCUUUAAAAUCAACUGGAGGAAGCCAAAACAGUGAAAUUAUUGGGUAAAACUCGACUCCUGACACCAAGCCAUAAUCAUGGGCUGAUAUUUAGAUAAUCCAAGGUAAAAUGCUGAGAACUGAGAAAUGUAAUUCAGCACUUCAUCACUGAUGUGUGCUUCUCAUUCAUGGCAUCCUGCACAGCAGCAUGAUGGUUAAUCCUCCUGAUCCUCCUGCAUAAUGCCUAAUGACUGAAGUAAUGAACUCCGCUUAACCUCCCCAAACACAAACCCAAUGCUGCGCGGUGAUUUCUGCCACGCGGGCCGCGCUCGCCUCUGCCGGACGACGCGUGGAUGUCGUGUUUUAUCAGAAUGUGUGUUUUGAUCCCUGGUCAGUUGUUGUUCUGUCAGACGGUGACUUCCCGGGAAGCUUCGGUGGUCUUCGGCACGUCGCGGCCUCCUCUUCAGGAGCCGUUCCAGAAAGUUCUGAGAAUUCAGAUGAAUGAAUGAACGUUUGAAGUCGCUGGAGGAUGUUUUUGUCGUUUAUUGGAGCUGUUUGCAUUCCGUCACAUGUUAA